AUGUCAUUGAAUGACUGUCUCCUGACGGGCCCAGACCUGCUGAACAAUUUAGUAGGUGUACUUAUCCGAUUUCGUUGCAACAAGGUCGGGAUAAUGGGGGAUAUUGAAAAGAUGUUCCACCAGGUCAAGGUCCGAGAAGCGGAUCAAGACUCCCUCCGAUUCCUGUGGAGGAACCUCGAAGAGAGAAUCCCUGAUGUAUACCGUAUGGCAGUUCAUGUGUUUGGAGCCAUUGACUCGCCCUGCUCGGCCUGCUACGCACUGCGGAAGACAGCAGAAGAUCAAGCUGGUUUGUUUCCCGAUGAUGUACUGGAUACGAUAAAGAGGAACUUUUACAUGGACGACGUCCUAACUUCAAGGCCGUCGGAAGACGAGGCGGCAGCUGUCGCUAACCAGCUCAUUGAAGCAGUAGCGGCUGGUGGUUUUCGCUUGACCAAGUGGGUAUCUAACAGCCGAAAAGUGCUCCGUUCCCUUCCGUCUGACGAGGUAUCCUGUGACGUGGUCAACUUGGACUUACAGACCUUGUCUCAAGAGAGAGCCCUUGGAGUAAAGUGGUGUCUCGAGCAAGACACGCUUUACUUGAAGCCGUUGAAAGAUAGGUUCCCCGACACAAAACGAGGAGUCCUUAGUGCUACGAGUAGCGUGUUUGACCCCCUGGGCCUUGCGGCCCCGUACGUCGUCAAGGCCAAGCUCAUCAUACAGGAACUAUGGCGCUGUAAGAUUGAUUGGGAUGAGCCUAUUCCCGAAGAGCUGCGAAGCAUCUGGAAGUCGUGGAAGGACGGGCUGAAGACGCCGCUGAUGAUCCAGGCCCCACGGUGGUACGGCUUCCAUCUGCGAGACGCCCAAGACAUCCAGCUUCACACAAGGCUAGCCCCGGUGAGAACUCUCACCAUCCCACGACUCGAGCUACAAGCGGCAGUCGUCGGAAUCAGGCUGAGAAAGAAGGUGAUCAACGAGAUUGAUCUCCCCAUUAACGCUGUGCAUCUGUGGAGCGACUCCAAGACCACCCUGCAGUAUAUUGUCAACACCACCAGGAGAUUUAGCACCUAUGUCUCGAACAGAGUUUCAGAGAAACUCGGCUCUUGCAAGCCAGAUGAAUGGCGUCACAUACCCGGUAAGCUCAAUCCAGCAGAUGACUGCACACGAGGUGUAGCCUUGCAAGACCUGACCCCUGAUUCGCGUUGGCUUGCGGGACCCGACUUUCUUGCCAAACCGCCUUGCCAGUGGCCAAGUGCGGAACCAGAGCCGGUCGAAGAAAGCGAUCUCGAAGUCAAGGCCACCGUCCUGGCAACUGGUGUCAGUGCCCCACCCCUUGAUGUGAAGUGGAAGAGGUAUUCGACCCUCGGGCGACUGGUGCGAGUAUAUGGGUGGUGUCUUCGCUUCAAGUCGAUACUCCUGAGUAAGGCAAGAAAGACGGCCGCUCCACUGAAAGCUGACUUGCAGACCCUAGUUGCUGAAGAGAUGAAGGAUUCACGCUUAGAGCUAUGUCGUAUUGCUCAGCUGGAAAUGUUCCCGGAUGAAUAUGCCGCGCUUCAAAACGGCAAACCCAUUGCAUCCCACAGCCGCAUUCUUCCGCUUCAACCAGUCUUAAUAGACAGGGUUAUUCGGGUUGGCGGGAGACUAAAGGAUGCACCGGUAUCUUUCGAGGAGAAGCACCAAAUCGUCUUACUAUCGGGGCACCCCCUGAGUUCUCUGAUUGCCCAGGAUUUCCAUCAGCGUAAUCGCCACGUUGGCAGAGAGCACACACUGGCGCUGGUGAGACAAGAAUACUGA